AAAGCAACAUCCAUGGCUCCAGUUUAUCCUUCAUCACCAUCUUGCCGCUUGAAAAUCUAUUCUCAAUGGCGCUCUCAGAGCAUUCUGCAAUGGUAUCCCCAACCACUACAAUCAGCGUAGACGGUGACCGCGAAAAGAGGUUUAGUGUGGAAGAAGAUCCAUUACCAACCGCCAGUGCCGCCAUUCCUUCGUCCGCCGUGGCUAAUACACCGGACGAUCAAUCAAGUGUCCAAGGAACUGGAGGCCAGACUCCUCCAAAGGGCCAUUCUGGUUUUACUGCUCCAUUAGAGAUCCCUAAAUGGAGGUUUAUGGCUAUCUUUGGAAGUCUUAUGAUUUCCGUCUUUUUGUUUGCAUUAGACCAACUUAUCGUCGCUACUGCCAUUCCCAAAAUUACUGCCGAGUUCAAUUCUCUUACCCAACUGUCAUGGCUCACCUCUGGGUUCUUCCUCACACUCUUAUCAUUCAACCUGCUCUAUUCCCAACUGAUGAACAUUUUUCCCUCUAAGCACGUCAUCGUCUUUGCUGUCUUUAUCUUCGAAAUGGGUUCAUUGGCCUGUGGUGUCGCUCCCAAUAUGAACGUUUUGAUUUUUGGUCGAGCUUUGGCAGGUGCCGGUGCGGCUGGUAUCUUUAGUGGCGGUAUGGUCAUCAUCGCUGAAUUGACGCCUUUGCAUUCGAGGGCGCAGUAUUUUGCUCUGUUCGGUGUCUGUUUUGCCAUCGCUUCAGUCAUUGGUCCUCUUAUCGGCGGUGCCUUUUCAGACCAUGUCAGCUGGCGAUGGUGUUUCUAUAUCAACCUGCCUCUCGGUGGUGUCGCCAUCGGCUGUCUCCUCUUCUUCCAGCCCAGCAGACCCCCCCUUGGUCGUGAAAGUUCUUACAAGGGCUACUCCAAAGCCAUGCUCAAGCAAUUGCUCAUGUGUGACUGGGUUGGUGUCGUCCUUUCCAUGGCUUGGGCUGUUUGCUUCAUCCUUGCUACUCAAUGGGGUGGCGUCACGCGGAGCUGGGAUUCCGCGUCUGUUAUCGUUACUUUGGUGUUUGCUGGUGUCCUCCCCAUCGCCUUCUGUGUCUACGAGUAUUUCAUCAAGGAGAGCAUCUCCUAUUUCAGGAUCAGGUUGUUUAAGCGAAGGACUGUUGCUGGUGCGGCCAUUGUCUCCUUUUGUGUCUUUGGUAUCUUCAUGAUCCUUGUCUAUUACCUCUCUCUCACUUUCCAAGCCGUUCAUGGAACUUCUGCCACUUCUGCCGGUGUCAAGCUUCUCCCUCUCAUUCUCGUCCAAGUCUUUAUCCUUAUCCUUACUUCGCGAAUUAUCCCUAGAAUCGGCCGAUUCAAGCCCGUUAUUUGCGUUGGUCCUGUCUUCCUCGCGAUCGCUUCCGGUCUUUUCUAUAGUACCGACUAUUCUACUCCUAUCGCCAACUUAUAUGGCUACCAGGUUAUCCUUGCAGUUGGUAUUGGAUGUUGCUUGCAGAAUGUCAUGGUUGCUGUUCAACACGAUCUGAAGAAGGAGCCUUGGUUGAUUUCUCUCGGUACCGGUUUGGUCGUGUUCACUGGCUUCGCCGGCCGAAUUGUUGCCCUCUCCAUGUCCGGUAGCGUAUUCGAAAACAUGAUCCAGCGCCACCUCAAAUCCAUGGUUCCCGGUAUAAGCGAGGAAAUCAUUUCCGCCGUCGUCAACGAUGCCACCGCCGUCUGGACUUCUGUUCCCGAAGAUCUCCGUGAACCCGUGUUGAGAGCAUACACCAAGACCCUCUCCCAAGUGUUCAUCAUCGGAUUGCCCUUGUCUAUCAUCGCGCUUGUCGGUGCGCUCGUGAUGAAGAACGAUAAGAUGGCGACAAAAGAAGAGGAGGAAAAGGGUAUUGCCGAUGCAAGGGCUGCUCAGCAGGCAAAGAAGGAUGAAGAAGCAGGGGUGAACGGUGUGAAUGAACGGAGUGAGGAAGGGGCAAGAGGCAGUGCAGAGGAUGAAGAAGGCAGGGCCUAAGAAUUUUGCACUAUACCACUUUGGGCAUUCGCUGUUUUUUUUUUAUUCGUAUAUAUACAAGAUUUAUAAUAAAUUUUUUAUUGUGAUAGGUUCGGAAAUUCUUUUGCUAUCGAUGUUUUGAGCUGCAGCUGCUGGUAUAGAUGGAAUAUUCUGUGAGGUUCACGCCGUUGUUGUAAGUAGUUCCAGAAUCAUCGUUUUCGAAUCGAUAUGAUAU